AUGGAGAAUUGGAAAUCGUCUGACUCCACGAACACAAUUGAUCUUCGUCUGGAGAAGGACUCGAGCUUCAGUUUUGACGUGAGGUUCUGCCUGUUUCCUGGGAGCGCCAAGCAGCCUGCUGGUGGAGUCAUCUACGGAUUCCAAGCUAAUCCUGCUAGCUACGGUGUACCAGGAAGCAACCCGGGUAACCUUGUAAUGGUGGACAUGAAGUUGAACCUACGCUGCUCCGUCCUGGACGACAAGAAGGUCGUCGCUCAAGCCCUGAAGCCGAACUGCUGGUACCAUUUGGCGCUCACGUACGGCGACACCCUUCAGCGACAGAUAGUGUACCUCGACGGGAAGGUUGUGUCGUCCGAGACCGGCACGUUGAACAGCAUGUGGCAGCGACACCCACACGAGCAGACCGGCACAGGCUUUUGCCUCAAUACCGCUGGAAGUGAUCACAUGCCGCACUCGAGCAUGCGCGGCGGAUGGUACUCGUUCUACGGCCUCAUUGACAAAUUUCGCGUUUGGAGUUCGGUGCUACCCGCCGAGACUAUCUCUGAACUUUCGCGCUGUGGACAACCCCGCGGCUCCUCAACCAUCGCCACGAUCAAGCGCCCUGAUGACCGACAUGGAUCCUGCAUCAACACGCGCGCUGUUCGGUGCACGCGUCCAGCUGAAGGCAGGAGCGUUGUGAUCGUCCAGCCUGGCCGCAAACGCUGA